AUGGUUUUGAUAAAUUCGGCCCAAGCGUUGGGGUUGGCGCAUUUACUAAAAAAAGCAGUUUAUUCUGACAGCUUUCUUAAUAAUGUAAACACUGAUGUGGCUCUUAAUACGGGAUUCGAAAAACCGUUGUGUGGAUCAUUAGACUUUUCAAGCGCUAGUCUCACUCUUUCUCCCGUUCCAGCUGUACCAGACAUACAUAAAAAUAAAUUAACUGCCACUCUUGAAAUGAAGACUGUAACUCUGACGCAACCUAAAGUACAAAUAGGUUAUGAGGUCAAUGUUCAACCCGAUAACUAUAUCAAAACUAUAAUUUGCGAUACGCCUAGCAUUCUUAAUUUCGACGAUUCUUGCACAGUCGUGGGAAAUCGAUUGCAAAUCGAUACAUACAUAAAGAACCACGUUGCCCUCUUUGACGCCUUUUCCUCCAAUGGAAACAAGCUUAUUAUGAAAAUUCUCAUAAACGAUCAAGGUUGUGCCAAGCUUCGUGUUAAUUACGACGGAGACCCCACUAUUGCCACUCCCAAUGGCGACGUUCCGACCAGCACUUCGACAGGCACUUCGACAAACACUUUCGCGGACGACUUUGGUAGCAACGAUACCUCGUUAACAAAAAAGCUCACAUAUUUGUACAACAUUCCAUUAGCAAUUGGAGCCGUUGCUGUAUUGACCACUACUUUGUUAGAAAAAAAUAAUAUUCGACCAGGGAACUAUCACCCGUCUUCACGUGUUCUCAUUCCACCUCCGCUAGCAGCACAAAGCCCUUCGAUAUAUGACAUUCUUCGUGCCGUUCAGUUUUUUGUAACAGCUGCUUUGCUUUCUGUACCUUGUCUCGAAAAUAAUCAAGGCUCUAACUUUAUUUAUCGGAAUGUUGCAUCGAAACUUGAAUGGACGUGCGGAAUAUUACCGUCUAGUAUUAAGGCUCAAUUCAUAUCCACUGCUGCCGAUGACAAGAUACGAGGAGGAAUAUGUCGGAUGACUCAAAGCUGUGUAAAACAAGUCAGUGAUCAAUGCAAAAUAAUGGGAUAUCCCGCAUUGAAUAAUUCAAAUCCACCUUCUUCUGCAUACACGGAUUUUGGAAGGGCAGCACAUAUUUCAGCCUAUAAUUUAUUUUUUAUGGUAUUGAUUAUAUUCUGCGUUGUAAUGGCAGUCGCGUUUGCUGUCGCGUUAUUUUCUGGUGUGCUGGCAUGGUUGCUUAAGUGCUUGUGGGGAAAAUGGUCAAUACUGAAAACUGUUGCGCACAAUACUCAUUUUUUAAUACUCGGUAAGUGGCUUUGA